UGAAGGUGGACGCCAAGAUGAAGCUGCUGCCGCUGCUCUUCUGCUUGCUCCUGCUGACCUUCUGCUCAGAAGCCAAUCCUGUGAUCAAAGAGAGCUUCGCCAAGCAGCUCCUCCGCAGCAAGAGGCAGAAACCGGGACACCCGGAUGAGCCGAUGAGGGAGCACAUGCUGUAUUUGCAGCGUUUGGAGCAGAGGGCUCGUGAGACUAAUCUGGAACACUGGCUGAAUCCUCACUGCUUCCCGCGCUGUGACCGUAACUAUGGUUACCCCGUCUGACCGCUCGGCAUAUGAGAGGGAUGAACCAUGACGUGACGACCACGAGAUGGCAUGCGGAGGAAGUGACUCCAUAAUCUGAGGAGGACAACUGCUCAUAAACAACGCAGAUGAUUCCAGAUAUACUGUAGAUUAUAUAACACUAUAAUAAACAUAUAUCAGUGUAUAAGAGUAUAUGAGGCAGUAGAGAUCUGUAUUUAGUCGUAUGUAGAUCAGUGCAGUAAUAAAGCUUAAUGUAACUGAUA